AUGGGCUGGGGAUUCACUAACCCUGAGAAUCGACAUGAACAAGAUCGCCCGCAUCAGGAUGCCGAAGCGGCAGAGCUUCUGUGUGUGUUGCCGAUGCUAGCAAACCUCACGGACCUGGAAGCCAAUAUUCUUGGGGGGGCUGAACUUGAAUCUUUGGGCGUGGUGGUGGGCGAACAGUUGGACGUGGAUGAGACAACAUGGGACCUCACUAGCCAACAACAUUUCCAGCCAUGGAUGCUGAAAGACGUUUCGGAAGACUUUGGAGAUCCGGAUAGGGGUCGAUUUAUUAUGACUUGGGGCUGGAACAGUUGGCGGCCCAAGCAAUCCAAAGUCACUUGGUGCGAAAUGUACCUCCGUGGCCUGGCCGAGGACCUCUCUCCCAAGUCCAUGGGGCGCUCGACAGGCGGGAGACCACGGCACACCGGUCAGGAGUAUAGUGUGCACCUCCCCUAUGAGAGGGGCACGCUGGUGAACGGAAAGACUGGAGAACAGCUCCCAUACGAGUACUCCCCCGAAUGGAUCUGGUUCCAAUUUUUCGAAAGGAAGCCCCACCUGGUUUGCAUAACGAACGAUACAACCACCGCACCGCCAUCCGAGGGAGUGUUAUUCAGUGUGGUCGAAUAUACUCUCGAGCUUGUCAAGUAUAGGUUAUGGAUGCGUCGACAUACUGGGUCCCAUACAAAACCCAUCAUGUUAGUCACACUCCAAAACCACGAAUUUGCCAUUAUAACAAUCGCCCAUUUCGACGGUAGCAUCAAGAAAGUCGUCCUCCGGCAAUCGCGCCAACUGGAUCUCCGAGGCGACGAACCGACCCCCGAUGCCCUCCUGUUGGUGAGAUGGAUGGCGAGCCGUUGCGUUGGCGAGACCAGGUACAAAGAUGUAGCAGAGUACGAAGAUAAGCUUGAGGGCAAGAUCCGCCGGGAUUUUAGCUACUCGAGUGGAGAAACCUUUCGCGACUGCGGUAGAUAA